UACGCAUCGAUAAGAUCCCCCUCAGCCUUUUCUUCUCCGGGUGCACAGCCCCUCAUCCCCAUCGGGAUGUGCCCCAGGCCUCCGCCAUCUCAGCAGAUCCCCGUCUGCCUGGAGCUGGGGAGCCCCGCGCUCCAGACGCGGCCUCCCCAGGGCAGAGCAGAGCAGAGCGGAGCCGAGGAGCUCGCCCGUGGCCCUGCUGGCCGAGCUCUGCGCAACGCAGCCCUGUGAGGGCGGGCGCCGUGUUACCGCGCCCGGGGGAGGAGGAGGCGGCCGGGGAGGGCCGCGAGUUCGGAUCCGGCCGCGCCGUGGCGCUGCGGAGUCGCGGAGACGCUGUGCAGUGCCGUCCCGUCCCGUCUCGUCCCGGCGCGGCGCGGUGCGUGCGUGGGGCCGCGGCGGGAGCAGGAAGGAGGAGAAGGGAGGAGAAGGGAGGAGGAAGGAGGCGGCAGCGCGGCGUUCCCUCAGCGCCGGGACAAAGGGCCGCGCAGCCGCGGCCGAGACCCCUCCCCGGGCGGGGAGGCACUUCCCGGCGCCGCAGCCAUGAGGGCCGAGGGCCGGCGGCCGCGCUAGCAGCAGCCCCGAGAGGAGGGCGGCCCGCGGGGCCCGCCGCCAUGGAGCGGCCGAGCGGGGACAUCAUGCGGCGGAACCCGCAGCAGGACUACGAGCUGAUCCAGCGCGUGGGCAGCGGCACCUACGGCGACGUCUACAAGGCUAGAAAUCUUCAUACUGGAGAACUGGCUGCUGUAAAAAUAAUCAAGUUAGAGCCUGGGGACGACUUUUCGUUAAUCCAGCAGGAAAUAUAUAUGGUAAAAGAAUGCAAACAUUGCAACAUCGUCGCUUAUUUUGGGAGCUAUCUCAGCCGUGAAAAGCUGUGGAUAUGCAUGGAGUACUGCGGCGGGGGAUCCCUCCAAGAUAUCUACCACGUAACUGGACCUCUGUCAGAGUUACAAAUUGCAUACGUUUGCAGAGAAACUUUGCAGGGUCUUGCUUAUUUGCAUAUGAAGGGCAAAAUGCACAGAGAUAUAAAGGGUGCAAAUAUUCUGCUAACAGACCACGGAGAUGUCAAGCUAGCUGACUUUGGUGUAGCAGCAAAAAUAACAGCCACCAUUGCGAAGAGGAAAUCAUUUAUCGGUACCCCUUACUGGAUGGCCCCCGAGGUUGCGGCGGUGGAGAAGAACGGCGGCUACAACCAGCUGUGCGACAUCUGGGCCGUCGGCAUCACAGCCAUCGAGCUGGCGGAGCUGCAGCCCCCCAUGUUCGACCUGCACCCCAUGAGGGCUUUGUUCUUAAUGUCAAAAAGUAAUUUUCAACCACCAAAGCUAAAGGAAAAAGCAAAAUGGUCAUCAACAUUCCAUAAUUUUGUCAAAAUAGCACUUACGAAAAAUCCAAAGAAGAGACCAACAGCAGACAGGCUCCUUGCUCAUAGCUUUGUAGGGCAGCCUGGUCUUUCAAGAUCUUUAGCAGUUGAGCUGUUGGACAAAGUUAAUAAUCCUGACAACCACACGCACUGCAGUGAAGUUGAUGAUGAUGAUUUUGAGCCUCAUUCUGUCAUUCGCCAUACGAUUCGUUCUACAAACAGGAAUGUUAGGGCAGAAAGAACGGCAUCAGAGAUCAACUUUGAUAAGCUCCAGUUUGAGCCUCCUCUGCGGAAAGAAACAGAAGCUCGGGAUGAAAUGGUUGUGGCAGCUGGCACCGACUUUGCUUCGCACUGGAAUCCUUUUGUUGAAGGUGGAAGCAGCAAGGGACUGCUUGCAAAACUUGGCGAUGGGAGCGAAGAUGUUGAAGAGUCAACCCUAAAGCGAGCAGGGCCACCUCCACUGCCCCCUAAGCCAAGAAUAAACAGCUACCCUGAGGAAAACCUCCCGGAUGAUGAGAAAUCUCAGACGAUAAAACACUUCCCCGACUCACAGAACAGAGCCCCACCAGCUCAUAGGAGGCAGAGUAUUCCUGUCUGUGGGCCUCAGGCUGAUUCUUCCCCCAUUGGUAUGACCAGCAGCAUCAGUAGCCCAGGAUUGCUCACAGCUAGAUACAGCGACUUGGGAAAUGGGGACGGCAUGUUGAAACUGAUAGAGGAAAAUGCAGAAGGAUCCGGACAAAUCCCUCAGCUGCCACGUAAAAAAGAGAAAAGAGAUUUUCCAAAGCCAGCAAUCAAUGGUUUGCCACCAACGCCAAAGGUGCUGAUGGGAGCGUGUUUUUCCAAAGUCUUUGAUGGUUGCCCUUUGAAGAUUAAUUGUGCAACAUCGUGGAUUCAUCCAGAUACUAAAGAUCAGUACAUCAUCUUCGGAACAGAAGAAGGUAUCUAUACUUUGAAUUUGAAUGAACUUCACGAGGCAACGAUGGAACAGCUCUUUCCCCGAAAGUGCACCUGGCUGUAUGUUAUCAAUAACACCUUAAUGUCCUUGUCAGGGAAAACGUUCCAGCUCUACUCCCAUAAUUUGAUAGCUUUGUUUGAACAAGCCAAAAAAACAGGACUGGCUGCUCACAUUCAAACCCAUAGGUUUCCUGACAAAAUAUUGCCAAGGAAGUUUGCCUUAACGACAAAGAUUCCUGACACAAAAGGAUGUCACAAAUGCUGUAUAGUAAGGAAUCCAUACACAGGACACAAGUACCUCUGCGGUGCGUUGCAGUCUGGCAUCGUUCUGCUGCAGUGGUACGAGCCAAUGCAGAAAUUCAUGUUAAUUAAGCACUUUGAUUUUCCUUUGCCGAGCCCUCUGAACGUCUUUGAGAUGCUGGUGAUCCCAGAGCAGGAGUACCCGAUGGUCUGCGUCGCUAUCAGCAAGGGCACGGAGCCCAACCAGGUCGUUCACUUCGAGACAAUCAACUUGAACUCUGCUUCUUCGUGGUUUACAGAGAUCGGUGCAGGCAACCAGCAGCUGGAUGCCAUUCACGUGACACAGCUGGAAAGAGACACCGUGCUGGUCUGCCUGGACAAAUUUGUGAAAAUAGUGAAUUUACAAGGGAAACUGAAGUCAAGCAAGAAGUUGGCCUCCGAGCUGAGCUUCGAUUUCUGCAUCGAGUCAGUGGUGUGCCUUCAGGACAGCGUGCUGGCCUUCUGGAAACACGGCAUGCAGGGCAAGAGCUUCAAGUCAGAUGAAGUUACCCAGGAGAUAUCAGAUGAAACCAGGGUUUUUCGCUUACUGGGCUCAGACAGAGUGGUGGUGCUGGAAAGCAGGCCGACCGAGAACCCGACCGCACACAGCAACCUCUACAUCCUGGCCGGCCACGAGAACAGUUACUGAGCAGCAGGGACCCGACGCAAACGGCAGCGAAUUCACCGGGAGAGGGCAAAGGAGCGUUAGGAAACUCCGUGCAUGGGGGACUGUGACUCUGUCUUCUCUUGACACCUAAAUUGUGCUGUUUUCAGGUGGAAAUCAAUACAUUUUUUGCAGCUGGGAACAGCUGGUUCUGUCUCUUGCCACUGUGUGGUUGGUUAUGUCAAGUUUGCUUAAUAAAAGCUAUGGAAUAAGUAGCCCUUUACUCGUUAGCGUAGGGAAACGGAGCCUUUAAAAUAAUGUUAUUCAGUAAAGGUGCCAUAAACUGUUAAUUAUUUUACUUCCCUCGGGUUUUCCGUGUAUUCUGUAGAUACAGACCUAGUGCUGGCUGUUUCCCUGUUUUAUACCGAGUCUUAAUUAAAAAAAAACCAAUUUGUGUAGGGAGUGAAAGCAUCCACGGAGCUUUUUGGUUUUAAACCUGCCAUGCGGGAUGGCUUUGUACUAUAGACUAUUUAAUCCUUAUUUAUUAAUCUGCUGCUAGGAUGGUGUCACGGAUCUAACUUUUAGCACAGGAAGGUUGCAGAGCAGCUUACAGGUUUGGUUUGUUUGUUGUUUUUUUUUACCAUUGUAUAAAGAUUUGAUUCUUCUUCUUCUCCUUGUAGAGAUGUAGUGCGUUACCGAGGGCUGUGUCACAGCGUCGGUGGACCUUGUAAAAAUGCAGUUUUGUACAACAAAGGAUUUUGUAUGGGUUUUCUUCCUGCCUGCAGAAUUGCCAUAAAAGGGAUUUUCUUACUUGCUUAGAUGUAGAGGGGGUGUGCACACGAAAUGUAGCGUUGGUGUCGACGUGUUGCUCCCGGGUGGGUGUGUGCCUUACACACCCGUGUGUGUGUGUGUGCAUGUGUACUCAGCUGACGGCGGCGUGUAUUUUUGAUAUCUCUCUCUCUAUAUAUAUAUAUAUAUAUAUUUAUAUAUAUAUAUAAAUGUACAAAAUGUAUAUGCUUUAUUUUCCCAAAUUAAGGGUGGGCCUUGUGACAGGUGGUGGCAACGGCACCUGGACGUCGUCCUUAAUGAAUGGAGGUGCCGUGGAUGGGGCUGCCCGUGACGUGUAGGUUAUUUAUGCUGUUCCCGAGGGGAACGUGGGGCGAGAGCUGAGCUGCAUGGCCGCUGCUCUGCCCUCCUCCUCGUGCCGGGCUUUGGGAGCGCCGCGUUCCCCACGGGCUGGUAUAAAUAAAUACGAUAAGAAGCGCUAUUCUGUACCGAAGCUUUCCGUCACCUCUUCCCUUUUCCCCGUUUUGUCACCCGCGUUUUCUUUUCUCUUUUUAUUUCUCCAUUAAAAAGUCACGUGGGUU